AUGAUCGAAGCAGCCAAGAGCAUACUCGGAGGAAAUAAGGCCAGAAGCCUGUACGCCAUCGACGUCCUUCGCCUGGAGUUCUACCUGGCGGACGACUCCGUCUCCAUUGGCCGGGCCGUCGCCGACGCCAUGGCGACGGGCAAGGUCGGUCUGGCCGAGUUCACGAUCUUGACCAAGAAGGAGAUCUGGCAAUGCAGCAAGUGGGAUCUGCUGGCCCACGGGAGGCAGCUCCGGUUGUUAGUCGGCACUUAUCCGAGCGCAUUCGGCGGUCUUGCACGCCUCAAGCUGCAAAAUCUGAGGCUACCUGAUAUAUCAGACGGCUUGCCCAAGAUCUUGAGCACGUGCAAGCGGCUCGAGUACCUCAGACUGUACAACUGCGACGCGGGGCACAUGUCGCUGCUGCAGGUGGAGCACCCGCGGCUCGGCGAGCUCAAGAUCGUCGACUGCGACUUCGAGAGGGUGGAGCUCAAGUGGCUGCCGGAGCUCGCGCUGCUCAUCGUUUCCCGCUGGAUCUCUCCGCAUGACCCGGUGUCUUUCGGCCAUGUCCCGCUGUUCAGGAGCAUGAGCAUGGCUAAUACUUGUCUUACUGACCACAAGGUGCUCAGUCUGAGUGAGCUCCUCGGCGAAGCCGCCAUAAACCAACUACGUUUGGACCUUCAAAGCGAAAAGGUUGGUGAAGAAGAAUGUGACUUGACUUGGACAAUGUUCAUUCUGCUUGGUGCACCUUCGCUCAAGGAGCUAUGUAUCACGGUGCGGGAUCAUUUAUGUGAAAUGUUUACGGAUCCGGGGGAGAGGAAGAACUACUCUUUUAGCAAGGAGAAGAAGAACAAGGGAUUAGAGCUCGACGCACAAUUUGCAUCUGGAUUCAAGCACAACAAGCUGGCCGUGCUCAGGAUCUAUGGGUUUCAGUCAGAAGAGAAGUUCAUUAGCUACAUUUGGAGUGUCAUGGAACAUGCAUACGAGUACCCUGAUAGUUCUGGUAAAGGUUAA